GAAACUCCCUGUGUGCAGAUAGGAAACAAGGAGUUACGGAUACGAUGGCAAGACAUUCUCCAGUUACGACGUUUAUGGCUGUGGUUGCUGUAAUUUACAUUGUAUUUACUGCAUGGAUAUACGUGCUGUAUACAGGAUCCACCAGAUUCAGGAAACAGUUCUAUCCUGGUUUGCUGUUCCGGAAUAACUGGCAUUGGACUGAGAUAAUGGACAACAACUCAAACACUCCUCAGGAGAUGCGCAACAUGACGUGGAGACUAACUACGGAUAUGGAGAAAGCCAAGGAAAAUUCUAAAGCACUGAAAAUGCUUGUUAUGGAUGGUUCUGCGGCAAAAGUUCAACAUAAUUUAUCUAAUACUGAUCAGAGAGACCCCAGAGCUGGAAUUCAAGCUAGUCCAGAAAGAGAUAACAAAAACACUAAGAAGAAAACAGCAGGUAGUUUGAUUCCUUCACGGUUGAAACUCAUUAAAAACGUGGAGGACCCACCAAAAGUCUCCCAGCCCUCAGUUGAACUGAAGCCCAUGAAAACUAAAGAAAACAGCACAAACACUCUGCAGUCCAACUUAGGACAUCAAGGUCAAAACGUCUCACAAUCGAUGAAGUCAAGGCCAGGGGUUUACAGCGAAUUGACACCUAUACCAGUCAUGUUCAAGAAAAAUUUUAAGAGGAUGCCAUUCUGGGAAACAAAUGAUGUGUAUUUGAGAAGUGAUGAGUCGGUUCAGACGGCUUGUGCAGAGUCAUUGCAUAAAACAAAAGAUCCAGACUUUCAGAAGGCGUACCUUCCAAACGUUCAGAUGUAUCUGUACCAGAAUCUUCUUAACCUAAGUGAAUGGAACCGCUUGGCUCACUUUAACAACCCUUUUGGCUUCAUGGAGUACAACUACAGCGAAAUAAAGAGUGCAGUGGAUUUGAUUCCCAAACCUAACGUCACUCAACUCUUGCCCCGUGUUGGGAAUGACUCCUGUAUCCGGUGUGCUGUGGUGGCUAAUGGUGGGAUCCUGCAUGGGUCCAAGAUGGGCAAGGAGAUAGAUUCCCAUCAAUAUGUGUUUCGGAUGAAUGGUGCUGUUACUGGAGGCCAUGAAGAAGAUGUGGGAAACAAAACUUCAGUCUAUGUUCAUACAGCCUACUCGCUGGUCGCCUCCCUUGCUGUAUUUAGGAAGUAUGGCUUUAAGAAGAUCCCCAGUGACAAGGGCAUUAAAUACGUGAUGAUCCCAGAAGGCCUGAGGGAUUUUCACUGGCUGCAAGGCCUUCUGAGCAAAGGGAAAGUGCCAAAGGGCGAAUUCCGGAGCAGAAUGCCACGGACGUUCUAUCCCAAAGAUUUCGAUGAGAGCAGGUUUUAUGUCCUUCAUCCAGAUUUCCUCAGAUACGUUCGCAACAGAUUCAUGCCCUCUAAACAACAGAAUGGAACUCACUGGGCUUUAUAUAGACCCACUAAUGGAGCCUUCACCCUUUUCCUGGCCCUUCAUGUCUGUGAUACUGUUGAUGCGUAUGGCUUUAUCACCGAGACCCAUAAGAAUUACUCCAAUUACUACUUUGAGAAGCAAAAGACUCGAGUUAUUUUCUUCAUCAACCACGACUACAACCUGGAGAUAAAACUGUGGAAGAAACUCCAUGAUGACAAAAUUAUGACACUCUAUCAGCGAGAGGGAGGAAAGAGAUGAUGGCCUUUUUUCAGGAAAAAAACAGCUUUAUGACACCGAAGCACUUUUAUGGCAGGGCAUAGCAUUCAAACGGAGCCAGAUUACGUCCAGCAGGGUCUGAAACUCCAGUCCUGGGCAGGACGUGAUAGAGAUCAGCAGCUGAGUCAGCGUCAUAGUUCAAAUUCUGCCCGUUGCUGGUACAUCUGUCUUCAGUUUACCGUAAGCUGUGAUUCUGUGAUUACAGAUUGCAGUGGGAUAUGAUGGGUGCAUGGAUAAGAUUUGUGAAGCAACUGGAGUUGGGUGUUAAGACAGAGAUGGGUGUUAAGACACAAAUAUAAAGUCACACUGUUUAUUUGUUUAUGUAAAUAGUGGGGUAGUGGGUUUUUUACUCAAAUAAAUGGUCACUGUGUGGAUGAACAGA